AGCUCUCCAAGGAGCAGACUGAGGGUCUUUGUGAACCUUUCACGGAUGAACAGAUUAAAGAGGUGAUUUUUGCUAUGGAUGGUGAUAAGAGCCCUGGCCCAGAUGGAUUUUGAGCUGCUUUCUUUCAGUAUGCCUGUUCUCUCAUUGGUCUUGAGGGUGCUCUACAUUCCCCCUAUGCAGAGCUGGGAUGAUGAGGUGAGAUGGACUGUUUUGAAGCUCAGUGCUGUAACAGAAGAAGCAGAAGCGGGAAGAAUCAUAUGGCAGAGCUGGGUGAGCAAUGUCUGGCGGGAACGAUGUAGGAGAAUGUAUGCUGGA